AUGCCCACUUUUACUCUCACGCCCUCGCUCCUUCCCAUCACGUCCAGAUUUUCCAAAUCCCAAUUUUGCCCUUUCCCCUGCGUUCCCCGGUUUUCCUCCUCUCGCGUUCUCUGUCACGUCGGCUCUAAUCGCAAUGCCCAACGCCACAUCGCCACCGACCUCAAUUUCGUCCUGCACGACGCUCUCCAGGCUUCUGGAAUCGACACAACCCACGCCAGAGAAGCUAGAGAGCAAUUUUGCUCACAAAUUGGGAGAUUUACUGAUAUUGAGAAGGAAACCAGCAUUUGUAUCAACAGGUGUGUUGAUUUGGGGAGAACUGCUCUGUACAUAGCUGCAGAGGAUGAUUCUCUGGUGUCACAUUCAUCAGUUUCACUUCCCGUGGAUGAUUUCAUUACCAGAUUAGAUGAUCUUUCCAUGGACUACUGUCCUCACUACAGCCCCAAAUAUGGUUCGUCGCCUGAAAAGUUCUUAGAGAGCAUCGAGAGAUUUCUAUAUGUUCACAAGGGUUUCAAGAGAGCCAAUACAAAUCUAUUGGAGCCACGAGCUCUUGAUCUCCACUCGGUUUUGACCCAUCGUUCAGGAUCUGCUGCAAUGCUAUCGCUUAUAUACUCAGAAAUUCUGAAAAUGCUUCGGCUGUGGAGCCUUUUGUAUUUUGAUGCUGAAAUUUUCUUCCCUCAUGAUGAUCUUACCCUUCCCAAAGGCUAUCAUAAGCAGAAAAGCAAGGAGUCAGACCAAGCUCACAUAAUGACUUCAGGAAACCUAUUAGUUGAGAUCUUAAAUGAUCUGAAGCAUGCAUUCUGGCCUUUUCAACACGAUCACACCAAAACUUUAUUUUUAAGAGCAGCAAGUGCUGCUAACUGUGUUGACAGAUCUGAUUUUGUUGGAGAAAGUGGCUCUCAAAUUGCAUCAGCUAAGGCUGCUCAACAUAGACUAGACCGAGGUGUUUGGACCAGUGUGCGUUUUGGAGACAUGAGGCGUUCUUUGUCCGCAUGUGAGCGUCUUAUCCUGUUGAAAAAUGAGGCAAAUGAAUUGAGAGAUUACAGCAUUCUUCUCUAUCACUGUGGAUUAUAUGAGCAGUCACUUGAAUACCUGAAGAAGUACCGGGAAAUAAAGAAUUCAUCAACACAAGAGACAUUAUCAUCAAACCCUCUAAGCAGCCUGGAAGAAGAUGCUGUGAAUAACCUGAUGAUGCGUUUGAAUCUCAUCCUGAUGGAGCAAGGUUGGACUCGGCCAUCUUAUGCCAGGAAUUUUCUUGGAAACAACUCCGAACCAUGGUAG